AUGGCUUCAGCUUUUCGCAAGAUCGACAUCGACGCGUACGACGAGGACGCACUACAGGAAUCAGAGCUGUACGAAGCGGAUGCACGAGACCCAGCCCAGGUCUUAGACGAAGCAAGGCAGAGACAAGCAGCUGUACGGUCCUCAUUAGCCAAGAGCGAUGUGGCUGGCGCUCUGAGCGUCAUACUUGACAACGCGCCGUAUGGACCCAACGUGGAUGAGGCGAAGGUACUUACUCUGCAAACGCUGCUCACCAUCCUCAAUACGACGAAAGCGACUGAGAUAACGGGGGUUAUCAAGUCCCUCUCACAAGAUUCGCAGGAUACGCUUAUGAAAUACCUGUACAAGGGUAUGGCGAUGCCCGGAUGGGGCGACAUAAGCGGAAGUGUACUACUUGGGUGGCAUGAAAAGUUGACGGAAGUUGCGGGCGUUGGGUGCAUUGUGCGAACAAUGACAGAUCGGAGAACGGUAUAACCACACCGGAAUUAACUGUAUUUUGAGCGCUGUAUCCAUUAUAUUGGCUUCACAGAGAGUUGGUCGGGAAGUCGACGUGUUU